AUGUCUGGUUCAAUUCCAAUCAGACCUCAGACACCUGAUUCCCCGUCAAGAUCAUCUACCAAUGACCCGAACCCGCCCUACAACGCAAUGGUUGAAGUCUGGAUCAACUGGUCUCUUGAGGAAAGGACCCAAGAGCAACGGGAUAAACUACAGAGCUGCUUCACUGAAUGGCAGAAUACAGAUCUAGGCAAGACACAAUUUGUCAUAGGUCUGACGCCGGCACAGCAGCUUGGCCUCGCGCAAGAGGCCAAUCACAACCUGAGACAAUGGGAUCAGCAGUCGCCGCAAGUGCCUGCUGCUCCCGCCAGCUCAUCCUCCUUUGAAGGGCAUGUCGGGAUCCUAUCUCGGUCUGCCUGGGGAGACGAAGCUGGAGGAGCCUACGAACCAUUUUUUCUUCCAGAGCCAUAUUCGAAUUUUCAACAAAAUUCCUCAUGGUGGUCACCCUCGGAUCCUACCUUUUUGGAUGCAAGCCCUGAACUCGACGACCUCGACUGGACGUUGGAUGAGGAGCUGCAGCGAGUCAUCAACGCGCCCGCAACCAAUGCUGCCCUCACGACUGUCACCGUACCGGACUUGCCUUUGCUUGCGCCUGCUCCUGCUCCGCCCGCCGAUUGGUCUGGCUUUGGCGUAUUCGACAGCAACCCGCCAACGGUGAGCAGCGGCACGAGUAGUGGCUGUGCGAGCACGCACCCGACACCCGCGACGUCAAAGACACCCUCUUUCGCUGCCGCUGCCUACCCGAAAAUGAGCGCACACCGCAAGCACGCUGAUCCGGAAGUGCUCCUCAAGAGGCAGCGCAACAAGGUCGCCGCGCAGAAAUACAGGCAGAAGAAGCUCGACCGCAUCACGGAGCUCGAGGUUGAAGUUAGCGGUCUAAAGCGCGAGCGGGACGAGCUGCGCAUUAAGUUGGCGAAGCAAGAGGCUGAGACGGCUGCCCUGAGGGACAUGUUGAGAUUGACAAAACCUGGAAUGUUGGAGGAGAGUUAG